AUGCUGCAGAUCAUCGAUCAGCUCGAGGUCGUGGUUUUACAGCCCUCGGAGUUCCUCUUCUGCGAGAACGACGCGCCGCAAGAUCUGUGCUUUCUGGAGACAGGCACUCUCAUGAUCACAUCGCAGGAGCAGCUGGUGCGUUACGUCAGAAGCGAUAGGCCGAAUGAGCCCACAGCUGUGGGCGAGGUGUCUUUCGUCCUGAAAAUGCCGCAUCUCUACUCUGUACGGUCUCGCUCCGGUGUCGAAUCCUCCAUCCUCAAGAUCACGACAGACAACUUUGAGUUGAUCAUGUCGAAUUUGGACUCGGAUCGUGACCAGCUACUUCACAACGUCGCACAGUCAAUGAAGCUAUCCAUGAAUGGCACCGAUCUCAAAAAGGGCGCCGUGAUGCACGAUGGCCAGGAUGAGACAGAGUUCCUCCAGCACAUGAGGGAGUCGGUGCGUCAGAUGUCGCUUGUCUCGAGGAGCAAGUGCUCGAUCUGCGGUUGUUUAGCAGGGUUUAGGGUUUUACUGGUUUAG